UAAUUUAGUUACAGGAACAAGUCUAAGCAGGAAAACAGGGCGUGGCUCUGCACUUAAAAACACUCCCAUGUUCUACAGCCUGACAGUGAGCCGUUCUCCAGCAAACAGUUGGGCUUCAGUUCACAGAAGAGCACAAUGGAUCUUUCAGAUGCUCUUGGGGACUGGCCCUCUGUGGGCAACAACCAAUCAGGAGGUCCUUGGCCUGCCAACCCCACCUGGCCAGGUCAGCCAGCAACCAACCCCACCUGGCCUGGGGGUCAACCUGCUGCCAACCCCACCUGGCCUGGGGGUCAACCUGCUGCCAACCCCACCUGGCCUGGGGGUCAACCUGCUGCCAACCCCACCUGGCCUGGGGGUCAACCUGCUGCCAACCCCACCUGGCCUGGAGGCCAACCCGGAGGCAAUAGUAUGUGGCCAGGAGGGAACCCAAGUCAACCCACUGGACCUGGUUCAUAUGGACCUGGAGCACCAAUGCCAGCUGCACCCCAAAAGAAUUUUGCUGUUCCCUAUGAAGAGAAACUGCCAGGGGGACUAUUUGAUAAACUACUGAUCACCAUCAAGGGAACCGUAAAACCCAAUGCUGAAAUGUUCACGGUGAACUUGUCUGCAGGCAAAGAUGAUCUUGCCUUUCACUUUAAUCCUCGCUUCAAUGAAUACGGAAGAAAGGUUAUUGUCAGGAACUCAUUUUUGGACAAGAAGUGGGGUGUAGAGGAGAGGGAUGCGAAGCAGUUUCCCUUUGUCCCGGGUCAGCCGUUUGAGCUGAAGAUAUUGUGCACCAACACAGAGUUCAAGGUGGCUGUUAACAAUUCCCACAUUCUUGAAUACAGACAUCGGCUGACCAACCUGAGCUCCAUCAACACACUUGGCAUCUACUCUGACCUCACCCUUUCAGAUGUUCGUGUUGAGAAAUUGCAUUGAGAAGUCUUUGACAUUACCGGAGAUGUACUAUAAAACACAAACAAACAAACAAACAAACAAACAAACAAACAAACAAACAAACAAACAAAAAGCCUUUGGAGGUCAACUGCAAAUCUAUUUGAGAUAUACUGUGGGUCUGUUGGAAAUCUAAAAAGAAUUUUAAAAGAACAAAAUUUCCCUUAACCUACAGAAAACAGCCACAAAUUCAUGAAAACCAAUUUUAGAACUGCUAAGAAUCAUAGAUCUAAGAUCUACCGGAUCUUUUUAAAACACAGCAAAGGUUGUCUUUGGUGGACCUCCAGAUUAUCAGCUGAUCUCCAGUGAAGAUGAUUGUUAUUUCUACAGAACAUUUUUAAAAGUCUAAUAAUACUCACAAGAGAUUUGAGCCAUAGACAAUCAUUGCUGGGUAUUCAGUGAUUAUUCCGUUCUGUCUUUUUCCUACAUGAUUUAUAAAAGUUUAAUCUAUUGUCAAUCAACAGACAUCGACAAUAGAUUUUAGUUUUUAAAAGUAAGUUGACUCAUACUGAAUAAAAUAAAUGGUUGUAUUGCUCUGUCAGUGUCUGACAUUAGAAGCCCCGUUUUGACUCGAUGUCACAUAUACAUCGUUUCACAUUUCUGUUAUGAAUGGUACACAUUUUGAAAAGUGCAAAUGUGUUUUUAUCAAUAAAAUGUAAUGGUUUA